UAUUGUUCGAGUAUUGCAAGGCAUCCACUGUGAUAAUACAGUCCUGGUUUGUGCCAUGGUUCUUUCUUUUCCUCCUUCUGUUGGCUGAAAGAGUUGGCUGGCUACCUAUUGCAGUGAAUGAAUGUAAAAUACUGCAUGCAAUUUAGAGAAUAAUUGAAUUCUCUUGUCCCUCGCUACCUUCUCUACUUUUAAACAUUUUUAUUCACACCAAGCACAACAAAUAAUUGAUAUGCCCCUUGAUGGCUCCUUAGGAAGCCGACCUCCCUUAGCUUUGAGUGAAGCUAUUUCCCGUACCCCUAUCAGGUGAAAACAUGGAUUCAGCCCCCCAAGAAUCUGGGGGUUUAGUCCAUAAGCAAGACACCAGUCUGCAGGGACCGACAAGCAAGCCGACCUUCAAUCGUCUCGAACCAAGUAACCCAGGGUAAGUUGUCUCAUCUAUCAACGCACACUGUUCAACGAAACUCCCCGCUAACAAGAACAUGGAUUGUAGGACCAUCGUUCGCUUUUAUAGGAGAGUCGCCGAGGGCAAUGUCACUCGACUUAUACCGUACGAUGGACAGCCAAACUAUCAUGAUAUUAUUGUUCCAGAGGCAUGCAAGAUGGUCAGAAGAGAACUAGUUGUCGGUUGCCGCUAUCGUAGCUGUUGCCUUUAUCGCCUGCCAAUCGACGUAAGGUUCAGAAUCUAUGCCGCUUUGUUUUCGCAUAACGGAACUGCCCUCGAGAUCGGGAGACUCGAACACACAGGGAUCGGGAAUUUACAGAUUCUCAGGACGUCGCACCUCAUUUACCAUGAAGCGUCGAUUGCCCUGUACCAUUCGCUUAGUUACCGCAAGCUCUUUCUCCGAGCGUAUGGUCCUUACUCCGCUGACCUUCUCAGACGUCAUCCGAAGCCGUUACCGUGUUGUCGCUCUAAGGAGUUUGAGGUCAACCUUGAAUACCCCUGUCGCAACGAACAUCUUAAUUGGAGCAGACCACUGGGAUCCGUCGUAUUUUUGAUAGGGGCAGAGAACCCUAGAGUGGCAUUGCAUCGUCGUUGGGCGUUUUCAGAAUUCAUUACAGCAUUGAAAGCGGCCGAGCCCUUGCGUAUCUUUUCGUUGACCGUUGUUGUAACAGAGAACUGGAACUUGCCCGGUUUCAAUGAGAAAGACUUGGUCAACGCCUUAUUUAGCGGAGCGUUCAAAUUUCUUGGAAGGCUAAAUUUUCGCGGCUUUACCGAGGAGGAAAGAAACCGCCUGUGCCAUCUUACCCACGCUUUACGGGACCCACCCCUGAAGAUUGAGCGGAUUAAAACGAAGAUACAGGGACCAGGGUUCUCGAUUUGGCUUUGUGAGUGUCUCUUUUUUUCUUUUCUCCAACCUUAGAUGCAUUGAAGCACAAGGUCUAUGAUUGCGAAGAAAACAUCCCGAUCAGCAUGAGCGGUCUCAAGUCCAAGUCCGACGACCAGAAGCCGCUUUUCAGUCGGUGUUUUUGUCACAAUUGCACUAGCAAUCUGACGAGCAUAUAGCUGACCAACUGUGUCAUGUCCAGAAACACGGCCUCCCAGGAGUGAAGUCGCAGUGAGACUGCUGAUCGGAAGCAGACUGUCAUCCGAGUCUGGGAAGGUGUGAGCGCCUUCAGUUCCAGGAUUUUUGUUUUCCAAUGGUACAUGUAACCAAUGACCAAGUCGGCCCUUUUGUGAAAUUGUUACCAAAAUUCUGUCAUUGAAGCUCAUGCACAUAACAUCUGUCUGGAUACCAUUGACCAGUCCAGCAACUUGUUUGGUAGUGGCAGGAAAGGGAAGGUUUAGCGGCUCCUGGGAUUCACUGAGAUUGAAAGGUUCGGCCAUGGUUAGGGGCUUGCUCUGAGCGAUACAAAAAAUGCAGUGAAAGAAGGACUGUCUACUCAGAAUGCAGUGAGGGGAAAU